AUGCUAAAAAGUCCUUUUAAGGAAUUUGUCACACACAAUAAAGUUAAAAAGCUUAAAUUAAGAGCUUUAAAUGAAAAUGACGAUUGUGCUAAAGAUUUAGAUGUAGAUCCUGAGGACAGUGAUCUAAGGGUUACUGAUCCAGUGACUAGAGGAAAUCAGAGAAGAGUAUAUGAUAUAAUAAGUAAAUUGGUAAUUCAAGUGUCAAAAUAG